ACUGAAUAUUGAAUUUUAUAGGUAUUUCAGGACAGCCAGGAGGGGGCGCACAUCCGCCGAGAAACUGUGAGCAAGAGCGUCUGUGCUGAACCAUGGCUCCACCAGAGGGCGCGCGAUCCCGCCCCAACCAACUUCCCGCUGAGGUGCCAGAAGCAGCGAGGAGCUUCAACUUCCUCAGGGCAGCACGAGGGUCAUGUUAAUUUGGUGUUCUUCAUUGAUUCCCCAACAGUUAUUGCCAUACCAGAUUUGCAGUGUCGCACAAAAUACUGCGGUAUAUUGCACUGAAAGCAUGGACACUCUCCCAGAUGAUGAUUAUUCCCCACCUUCUAAGAGACAAAGACCAACGAGCCACCACAGCCACCAGUCCCAGAACCCGCCAAUGCUGGGGAACGGAAAAUGAGGGAGUUCAACUCUGGCCCUCACAAUCCAGUGGAGGAGACGAAACUCAUCUGCCUCUGUCCCUCUGGGCACGCCUCAUGCCAGGUGCAUCUGUGGACAGGGGCCAUGCUCCUGGGCUUCCAAAGUUGGAGAAAGCUGCCAGGCUCAGGUCUGAAGGCCAGAAUUCUACAGUAAGUCCUACUGAGUCAAGGUGGGAGCAGGGUCGGUGGCUUCCGAGGCUCUGCAGGAGAAUCCGUUUCCUGGCCGUAGAGGUGGCCUGCACUCCUCAGCUUGUGCUGCCCGUCUCGAAUGACUGGAGUUUCCUGCUUCUGUCACUACACCUCCCACCCUCUCCAUCACCUGCUCUGCUCUUACAAGGAUCCGAAGAAAUGGAAUCAUCGUAUCGCUGAUCUAUGUAAACAAAUUGAAGAAUUGUCUGAAAGAAAAUAUGACAUGAACUUAUGAAUUCAACAGGUGAAGAUUUACAACUUGAUAAAUCAACUUUGUGAGCUCGAGCUGUAAAAGCCAAAGGUCCAGUGAUGAUCCCAUACCCUUUUUUCCAGUCUCAUGUUGAAGAUUUUUAUGUAGAAGGCCUUCCCAAAGGAAUUUUUUUUUUUUUUUUGAGAUGGAGUUUUCACUCUUAUCGCCCAGGCUGGGGUGCAAUGGCGCAACCUUGCUGGUCACUGCAACCUCUGCCUCCUGGGUUCAAGAGAUUCUCCUGCCUUAGCCUCCCAAGUCGCUGGGAUUACAGGUGCCCACCACCACACCAGGCUAAUUUUUGUAUUUUUAGUGGAGAUGGGGUUUCACCAUGUUGGCCGGGCCAGUCUCGAAUUCCUGACGUCAAGUGAUCUUCCCGCCUCGACUCCUGACAUCAAGUGAUCUUCCCGCCUCGGCCUCCCAGAGUGCUGAGAUUACAGACAUGAACCCAUGCCUGGCCAGGAAUUUUGUUUUUUAGGAAGGCUUUCUACUAAUGGAAUUCCUGGCCUUGAGAGGAUGUUACUUUCGAAGGAAAGGAUUUUUUUGUUAUUAAAAGAGCCACCUAAGCUGAAGAUUCCCUUGAGAACAAGUGCUGUCUCUAGUUUCCCAGUGCUGGAAUAUAGAAAAUGGAUGGACAAGUAAAUCCCACUCAGCACCCAUAGUCCAGGCAUGGGGACCUCAACACACCUGAGCCCCAGACAUCACCUUUCAUUCUGGACCUACCAUGAAAGACUUCUGAAUCCAGGAAGAGAAACUGACUGGGCAACAUGUUAUUCAGAUGGGGUCUUCUUAUGUUGCCCAGGUUGGUCUCAAAUUCCUAGGCUCAGGUGAUUCCGCCCACCUCUGCCUCCCAAAGUGCUGGGAUUACGGGCAUGAGCCAGCGCAUCUGGCCACCUUAUUUUCUAUUACUGGCUCAAUGUAAUGGCUCCAUCUCAGGAACAGCCAAUGAAAGAGAUGCACAGGACAAGAAACAGGACCUUGCCCUGUCACUCAGGAUGGCGUUCAGUGGUCCUAUCAUGGCUCAUUAUAGCCUCAAACUCCCAGGCUCAAGCAAUCCUACCAUGUCAGCCUUCCCAGUAGCUGGGACUACAGAGACGAGGUUUCGCCGUGUUUCCCAGACUGUUCUCAAACUCCUGAGCUCAAAGCAGUCCACCCACCUUGGCCUCCCAGAGUGCUGGGAUUACAGGAAGUGAGCUCACAGUGACUCAAGCUGCCACAUACUGUUGAUUGUGAAAUGCCAGUUGAAGCAUAUGUCCUGCGAGCUUAGGGGUGCUACAAGUUGACCACUGCAGCAGUAAAGAUGACUCUGAAGAAUGGCGUGGGAUGGAUCCUUUCCAAUGCACUUGAGCAGUGGUCUCCAACCACAGGGCCACAGAGCUGGAGCUGGAUCUACCAUGAAGGACUUCUGAAUCCAGGAAGAGAGACUGACUGGGCAACAUGUUAUUCAGGGUCUCCCUCUGUUGUCCAAGGCUGGAGUGUAGUAGCGCUAUCGCAGCUGACUGCAGCCUCAACCUUCCAGGCUGAAGCGAUCCUCCUACCUCAGCCUCCCACGUGGCUGAGACUACAGGUGCUUGCCACUAUGCCAACUAAUAUUUGGAAUUUUCGUAUACGUGGAUUCCAGAGGGGUGACAGCGUAAUGUGGGACCAUCCAGUUUCAGGAAAACAAGCUUAACACGCCCACUGAUUCUACAUUAUGCUCCUACCUCCCGGCAGCCUCUCCAGGCCCAGAACUUUCUCCAGUCAGCCUCUACAGACCAAGCUCAUGACUCACAAUGGCCUAUUUAGGCCCAUACCCUACCUCACGGCAGUCUCUGCAGAUGAGGCUACUGCCUCACAACAGCCUCCACAGGCACAGCUCCAUCGUUACAAUGGCCUCUUUAGACCCAGCUCCUGCCUCCCAGCCUUCUCUCCAGGCCCUGAACUUUGUCAAGUCGACCUCACCAGGCCCAGCUCAUGCUUCUUUGCAGCCUCCUCAGGCCCAGCUCCUGCAUCUUGGUGGCCCCUCCAGGCCCAGCCUCUGCCUCCCGUCGGCCUCUACAGUCCCAACAUCUGCCUCACAGCAGAUUCUUCACGCCCAGCAUCUGCCUCACUGUGGACCCCCCAAGCCAAGCUCCCAACCUUUCAGCAGCUUCUACACACCCAGCUCCUGCCACCCAGUGGCCUCUUUAGGCCAAGCUCAUGCUUCACAAGGGCCUUUCCAGGCCCAACUUUUGUCUCAUGGCAACCUUCCCUGGCCAGAUUCCUGCCUGUCUCCCAGCAGCCUAGACAGGCCCAGGUCUUGCCUCACACUGGCCUCUCUACAUCCAGCUUAUGCCUCACGGUGGCCUCUCCAGGCCCAAGUCCUGUUCCAGGACGUCAUCUCCGGGCCCAAAACUUACUCAAGUCAGACUCUCUAGUCCCAACUGCUGCCUCCUGGUGGCCUAUGAAGGCCCAAAAUCUCCUCAAGUUGACCUCUCCAGGCCCAGCUCCUGCCUCCUGUCAGCAUCUACAGGCCCAACCUCU